UCGCGUCCCAGCACCAUCCAUGCAUCCACGCAGUCAAUUGGCCUCGCGCGCUUUCCGAUCAGCAUCCAAAACACCGCUCAUCGUCCCCAGCAACGCACCACUCGAACGCCAGCUCUCAGCAUACCUCCAGCACCAACGCUUUUCCACUCCACACAUGUCGUUCCUCCUCCCAGGUCUGCGUCGCGGUGCACUCCUUGCAAUGCCGCUCAUCCUCUCUACACCUCUACUUGUGCACAACUUCAGGAACGCGCAGGCUAUUCGCUGUGAUUCGGCAGACCCGCUCGCCAAGCUGGGCGAUUUGCGAAAUACGUACGCACGCGAUGCGCAGACACCUGUGAUCACGCAGUCGGGGGCACCGAAUCCGAAGGCUGUGCGACAGAUUAGCAUGGGGAGUAUACUGGGUGUGAUUGGCGGUCUGGGGAUUAGUGUGUUCAGUAAGCCAUUGGCGAUUCUGCUUGGUUUGGGAAUUGUCGCGCUGCAAAUGAUUGAGUCGAGAGGCAUCCACAUCAUCCCCUACUCGUUCCUGCAGCGCCGCUUCAAGUCGAUGAACGUACGGUCGCUGGUGCAGGACAACGUUGCGUUCAAGCUAUCGUUCGGCUUGACUUUUGCGUUGGCUGCGUUUGCUGAAUUUUAGUCUACUGAGUUGCAUGUGAGCAGCGCGUGCUGCUGGGUGAGCUCGUAGUCGCUGCCGUACUAAGCGAAUCGACCGUGGCCCUGAGCCAUCAUCUGCGGCUGCAGCUGCAUCUGGAGUUGUUUACAGCUCUGCCAAAAUCCCUUGACUGUGUCUUUGAAACCAGUCGAGCUCUUUGCGUUCCU